UCCAAAAAUGGCGGCCUCCAUCGUCCAACGCUGUUUAACUGCAGCUGUCAAAGUUAAAUGUCGAACUCCGAGUUUUACAGCCAGAAGAUGCCUGCUUUCAGCCGCAUACACAGAUCCAAAACUAUGGGAAGGAAUGGAGAAGGAUCCUCAGAACCUGGCUUUAUUGGCCAACUUUAUGGACAGGACGUUUGACAAGAAGCUUCCAGUGAGCUCUCUGACUAUAUCACGGUUUGUAGACAAUAUAUCGUCAAAAGAAGAAGUUGAUCAAGCAGAGUAUUAUCUUUACAAGUUUCGUCACAGCCCAAACUGCUGGUACCUCAGAGACUGGACGGUUCACAGUUGGGUCAGACAAUGUAUGAAAUAUGGUGUUCGCGACAAAGCCCUCCAUACACUCCAAAACAAGGUGCAGUAUGGCAUUUUCCCAGACGAUUUUACCUUCAACUUGCUCAUAGAUUCUUACAUUAAGGAUAAAGACUUCAAGAGUGCAUGUGCUGUCGUUGAAGAGGUGAUGCUCCAAGAGGCCUUUGACCUUCCUUCCACACAGACCCUGUCAUUUUACGCCAUUGGUGGUUACCUAGCCACCAAGCCUUCACUCAGCAUGGCAGAGGAGCGGGCGCUGGGAGCAGCCCUGCUCAUCGUGGGUCUCAAGCAGAGCAACACCCUGGGCAUGAGCGCUCAACUGCUCGGCCACACCUUCAUAGGCAAGGUGGAGAUGCAGAUGGGCGUCAACGCGGUGUUUCGGGGCAUGCCCCUGAGCUGGCUCCGUGGCUACCUGGGCCGAGCCCUGGCCGUGAUGGAGGGAGUCGCUGCCGAGGACUCUGGUGACGCUAAGCUCUCCGAAGACGCGCUGGACCGCUUGAGCGAGGUACUCCAGGAUCUGUCCUCUGCCCCCGCCUCCGACUCGUCAGGAGAGGAGUCUGGAGAAGAAGUGGAGGGGGAGGGGGAGGGGGAGGGCAAGCAGGAGAUCGCUGUCGACGAGGAAGACGAAGAGGAGCGCGCUAAACUCCCCUACUAUGUCGGCAGGUUCAAGGAGCUCCGCAGCCAGCUGGAGAGCCAGGGCAGGGUGGAGCCCUCCUCCUUCCAGGCCCUGGUGACGCUGGCGGCCGCCCGCAGCCUGGCGGCGGCGGAGCGGGCCGACCUGGAGGUCUACGGGGGCCGGGUCCAGGCCUGGGAGGACGAGAAGAAGCACCUGGUGAUCAGGGAGAAGGAGAUGAGGGAGAAGUCGGAGCUGGAGAGACAGGAGAGGCUGGCCGCCAGAGCCGCAGUCCAGCAGGCGCAGGGCAGGGCGGGAUAGAGGUCAGGGAGGGCCGGCAGCGAGGGCGGGGUUGGAGCUGUAUUUGGAUGGUUGUCUCUGUGAAAAUAAUAAAGUGUUGUUCUUG